GCAUAAAUAUACUCAAAGUACAUUAGCAACUUCCGAAUCUGAUAUUAAAAGCAUGAGCCAUUGAGAGUUGACAAUAUACCAUUUUAUUUAGAUAAAGUGAGAACUCUAUUUGAAAAGAUAAAAUAUGAACAAUAA